UAAAAAGAUAAGAAACUAAACAAACCAAUGCUUGUUUCUCUUAGAUCGUUCACUUCAGAAUAUGUACUACGGACAUUUCAUGGAUUUAAAAAUAAUAAAAUACUUCGAAGAUUUGCUUCCACCAUUUAUUCACUAUCAUCCGGAUUUGGAAAAAGUGGUGUGGCUGUUAUCAGAGUGUCUGGCCCAGAGGCUAAAACAGCAGCUGAAAAACUUGGAGGCAGUCUUCCAAAACCGAGAUACGCUUCGCUUCGCAAGUUCCGUCAUCCUUUGACGAAUGACGUUUUGGAUAAUGGGAUCCUUCUCUGGUUUCCUGGUCCCAAGAGUUUCACUGGGGAAGAUUGCUGCGAAUUUCAAGUCCAUGGAGGCCCUGCUGUGAUAUCCUCCGUUCUUGAUGCUUUAGGGAAAAUCAACGGCCUUCGCCCGGCAGAACAGGGUGAAUUUACAAAAAGGGCGUUUUACUCGGGCAAAUUGGACCUGACGUCUGUCGAAGGUUUGGCCGAUUUAAUCAAUGCUGAAACGGAAAAUCAAAGAAAGCAGGCAAUAAUCCAAAUGGAAGGAGCACUUUUUGAUUUGUACAAUGAUUGGACCAAAACAUUAACCAAGUGCUUAGCCAAUUUAGAGGCUUAUAUUGAUUUUGAUGAAGACCAAAAUCUUGAAAACACAUUAAUGGCGGAUACUGAUAAAAAAUUAAAUGAUCUUAAAACUUCUAUUAAGAACCAUUUACAAGAUGGAAGAAAAGGAGAAAGGCUUAGAAGCGGUGUCAGUGUAACAAUUAUUGGGGCUCCAAAUGUUGGAAAAAGCAGUCUACUUAAUAUUUUAAGCAGACAACCAACUGCUAUAGUUAGCCCGAUUCCAGGAACUACAAGGGAUUUGAUCAAAACAAAUAUAGAUAUAAAUGGUUAUCCAGUAAACAUAAAUGAUACUGCUGGUUUAAGAGGUUUUACUGAAGACCUUAUUGAAGUUGAAGGGAUGGCGAGAGCAAAGAGAGCAGCUGAGCAAUCCGAUCUCCUUAUUUUAGUUUUAGAUGGGAAAGAACUGCUGUCGUGGCUAAGGAAAGAUAACCUUACACCAAAUGCCGACUCUUUAUAUUAUUAUAUAGAUAGUUUAAAUAUCUUUGAAGAUAUAAAAUCCUACCUUAGUAUUAAUAAAGAUGAAAUAGUAUCUAGUCAGAACAAACAAGUAAUGAUAAUUGUUAAUAAAAUUGACUUGAUCACUGAAGAAGAGGCUGCUUUAUCAAAACUUAAGUUUAUAUGUGGAAUAUCAUGCAAGAAUAAAACCGGGCUGCAAAAACUGAUAAAAGGGUUAUCAAAGAAUCUUGAAAGCCUAUGUGGCUCUCCGAACAGACUCAGCCCGACUUUCACCCAAGCUAGGCACAGAUUUUGUUUACAGGAGUGUUUAGACGCGCUUGAAAAAUUUUCUAAUUACUCGAUCAGUGAAGUUGAUCUGGCAGCUCAGGAAAUAAGAAAUGCGCUGUACAGCCUAGGCAAAAUAACAGGGCAUGUGACAACAGAGGAUAUAUUAGAAGUUAUAUUUAAAGACUUUUGUAUUGGAAAAUAAAUGAGUUUUAUCUAUG